CUGUGUGCACACUGUAAUAACACUCGUAGGUUAUGUUUUACAUUAUCAACAUAAUCAACAAAGUAGUGGUGCAUUAUUAUACGUAAUAAAAAUGUACAUGACUGACAGAAAGACGAUUAUAACUUAAAACGUCAUUAAAUAAAACCAAAAAUAUAUACAAUAAGGUGUACAAUAUCUUUUUAACAAUGAGAUUUAACAACAGUAACUCGUUUAGGUUAUCAACGUAUUUAUUGAGAAAGGAAAAAUUGCAAAAGCACUUAACGACAAUUCUAAAUUUAAAUUCUAAUGAAGUUAAACAAAUUUUUUAUUUAAAUAAAAAUAUUCUUACUUUUCCUCGUCAUCGAAUAAUAAACAGUUGUAUGAUAUUCCAGAAAUAUAAUGUCAAUGUCAAGCCACUGAAAGAUCUGCAAUAUAGUUUCAUGUUAGGCAAUUGCUGCCUAGAACAUAGAAUUAAUGUACUAAAAGAUAUAGGAGUGUCAAAUUUGGACGUGUCUUUGAUAACUAGAGUCCCUCAUCUUCUUCGCAAACAGUUAUCCACAUUUAAGGAGAUAACAAAAAUACCGGCUGAGCAAAGCAUCACCAGGAAUAUAUUUAGUAGACUUGGUAAUGAGAUUCCAAACAAGCUUUCCGAGUUGGAAUCAAAGGACAAAUUGACGGCCAAACAAUACUAUCAGGCAUGUCUUUUACAUUGCAAAACUGAGGUAUUUGAGCUACCAUAUUUGGAUGAUAGAAUACUAUUGCGCAGUUAUAAACUGUGGAAAAGCGUAAGCAUGAUUGCAGAAACAUUGAAAAUACUCAGAACUGAUCUUGGUUACGACGAGAAAAUGAUAAAAAAACAUGCGUUUGUCAUUACCGCUUCUGCCGACAACAUCAGAUUAUUGUUGAACAGUUUUGACGAUAUCUGUGGAGUGCCGAUUGUGACAUUCUUAAAGAAUUAUCCCUAUCUACUCUUCCAAGACGCAAAUAACAUAAAACAAUUGUUAGUGACCCUUAAACGAUACGAAAUACCGAACGAACAGAUAAAAAAGUACAAUAAGAUAUUAAAGAUUGAUAAUGAAACUUUUAUUGAGCGGAUGGAGAUGAUAAAGCGGCAUUCCGAUUUGUAUAUAUGGCUGAAACAUCCUCGAAUUCUGGAUAUAAUCCUUCACACUAACAUGACGAAGGAUCGCAUAGACUUCCUACAUAUUGUUAAUCGUGUAAAGUGGGCCCGUCCGCACACCAUUUUAUCCAAAAAAAUUAAUUUAGAAAAAUUUCUGCAAAACAACAUAAGUAUAAUCUCAACUAAAAAGGCCCUAAAAUACGUAUUCUCGAAAGAAUUGGGAACAGAUCAUGUCGAUUUAAUAAAUAUACUGGCAAGGCACAAGCAUUGGAAAACGGUCGGAUUUGUUGAGAUUGACCAAAUGUUGAAAUAUCUUAAACAACAUUUUACAAUAAGCGAGAUAUGCCAAAAUAUACACAUCGUACUCUAUGCACAAUCAAGAGUAGAAGAAGUACUAGCUGACCUGAAACAACAAUAUUCGAAUAGUACAGAGCAUUCGUUUACUAAUAAUCAAUAUCUUGCGUUGUGCUUGUACAUGCUGGAAAAGGACAAUCAUUUCACGGACGAUGGCAUUUGGAGCGGCAGAUAUAAUGCGCAGCAACAAUCUUUGGAUCCUCUAAGUCUUAAACGUAGCCUAAAGGGCAUUAAUGAUGACACGAGUAUCUCAGAUAUUGAUGAUGUAAGCAUCGAAGAUAGCGAUAGCAUCUGUAAUAAUCUGAUUGAUGAUUCAACGCCAUCUAGUAUAUAACAUAACAACACCAACGUACACAGUACAUAAACAUUUUUACUUGUAAACAGUAUUUUACAGAAAAUUAUUACACAAUAGACAAGAUUGUGUAUUUGUAACAUAUGUGAUGUGUAAAAAUGAUAUGAAAAGUACAACGUUUAAAGUAGCAUAUUUUAUAAACAGUUAAAUGGGACAUUAAAGAGAAUGAUAUUUAUGUAUUGAUUAA